UAACUAGGGCUCUCUCUCUUUCUCUACACGUUGUUCGGAAUCUGUCGAAACACCGAUUUGUCAAGAGGCUGGACAUGCUGAAAGUGAAAGCCUUCGGCUUCCUAAAAUCCUUGUUUGUCAGUACCUAGGGUUCAUCCUAUGGGCAAAUUUUCUGUGGAGAAGUACGAAAUUGUUCACAACCAUAGUGGCAGUCUGAGAAUUAUUGGCGACACAGUUUGUCCACAGUGAGUCCUACAUGGCGGGCGUAGUGGCUACACCGGUUGAUUCCCCCAUUCGGCCCAUAAACAAAGGCGUAGUUCACAGAAUUUGCGCAGGGCAAGUGAUACUCGAUCUCUCUUCCGCCGUCAAGGAGUUGGUGGAGAACAGCUUGGACGCCGGCGCCACCAGCAUAGAGAUUUCCUUGAAAGAGUACGGCGAAGAGUUGUUCCAGGUCAUUGAUAAUGGUUGUGGCAUUUCGCCUAAUAAUUUCGAGGUUCUUGCACUCAAGCAUCACACUUCCAAAUUAGCAGAUUUUCCCGAUCUUCAAUCAUUGACCACUUUUGGCUUCAGAGGGGAGGCACUGAGUUCUCUAUGCGCUUUAGGGAAUUUGACAGUUGAAACAAGAACAAAAAAUGAAUCAGUUGCCACUCACUUGACUUUUGACCAUUCAGGUCUCUUAACUGCUGAAAGAAAAACAGCACGUCAAAUUGGUACCACUGUCACGAUUAAGAAGUUGUUCUGCAAUUUGCCAGUGAGGAGCAAAGAAUUUCAUCGCAACAUACGCAAAGAAUAUGGAAAACUUAUUUCCUUAUUGAAUGCAUACGCUCUUAUUGCAAAAGGUGUUCGUCUAGUUUGCACAAAUACAACUGGGAAGAACAUGAAAUCUGUAGUACUCAAAACACAGGGAAGUGGUUCCCUCAAAGAUAACAUCAUAACAGUUUUUGGCAUGAGCACUUUUUCCUGUUUAGAACCUGUGAAUUUAUGUAUAUCAGACAGCUGCAAGAUUGAUGGUUAUCUUUCCAAGUCUGGAUAUGGAAGUGGACGCAAUUUGGGUGAUAGACAAUUCUUUUUUGUCAAUGGUCGACCAGUGGAUAUGCCUAAAGUCAGCAAGCUUGUGAAUGAAUUAUAUAGAGGUGCAAAUUCCCGGCAAUAUCCCAUUGCAAUCAUGAAUUUUAUUGUUCCAACUGCAUCUUGUGAUGUCAAUUUAACGCCUGACAAAAGAAAAGUUUUCUUUUCUGAUGAAGGUUCUAUUUUACACUCUUUAAGGGAUGCUUUAGAAAAGCUAUACUCACCAAGUCAUGUAAGUUAUUCUGUUAACAAAUAUACAGAAUCCACUAAGGAUGACAAUAUGUCUAAGGCACAUCCUGGUCAUGAAAGAUCGCCAUUAUCACUGAAGCAGCUGUCUCCAGUUGGCAAUGAUUUUGAGAAAGAAUCAGGCAACAAUGGACAAUGUGGAGAUUGUGACAUACAUGUCGCAAUGGCCAAAGAGGGCAUUCAAGACUCCACUAGUGCAACAGUAACAAAAAAUCCUGGAAGUUCUGUUGGUGAAGAAUUCAGUAUUAGAGAUCAUGGAAGCAAGAAGGCUGAUAGAAUUUCUCGGUGCCAGGAUGGAGAACUUAUUAGAGAUCAUGGAAGCAAGAAGGCUGAUAGAAUUUCUCGGUGCCAGGAUGGAGAACUUAUUAGAGAUCAUGGAAGCAAGAACGCUGAUAGAAUUUCUCGGUGCCAGGAUGGAGAACUUACAGAUCAUCUGAAUAGUUCUACAAGUGAUGAACAGGCUCAGUUCAACUUGAGAGUGGAGAAAGAAACUGUUAAAGCUAAUCAUUCACCUAGUCAGGUAAAUAUCAUACAGUCAUCACUCACCAACUUUGUAACCAUAAACAAGAGAAAACGUGAAAGUAUUAGCACAAUGUUGUCUGAGGUGCCUCUCUUGAGAAAUGGACCUAUUCUGUGUCAAUCGAAGAAAGACAAUUCCACAACAUAUCCUUCAGUUUUGAGAAAUUCGAUGGUCAACUGUCAGAAUCUUGAUGGAUCUGAUGAAGAUUGCAUGAAUGAGCCUAAACCUCAGCGUUCUUCUUGUUUUGGAGCAGAUGAAGUCUCUAUUGACACAGACAUUCCACUUAGUAAAUUUUCUUUUCUAAAGAAUGGAGAACCUGAGAAGGUAUUUAAGAACGACAAGAAAGAUUUACCCUUUGCUGAUGUGCUAGUAACUGCUCCAUCUAAUGAAAGUUUCGAGAAUAUGAUAGAUCUUUCGGAUGCAGCUCCUAUAAUACAGUCUUCUGGUUCACCUUCAGAUUCUCCAUUGCCUUCUUCUGGUUUAAAGAAAUGUUCUAUGUUGCAAUUUAGUUUUAAGGACUUGAAGACAAGGUGGCAGAAGAGGCUCUCCAGAUUGCGGUCCUGCAAUUAUACAUGUGAAAGAACAAAGAUCAAAAGAAAUAGGUCCUUCACUGCUGCAACGCUAGAGCUUUCUCAACCAGUAAAUGAAGAAUGGAAGGCCAGGGCUUUGGCUGCAGCUACUAAUGAGCUGGAAAGACUAUUCAAAAAAGAAGACUUUGGCAAAAUGAAGGUAAUUGGUCAAUUCAAUCUUGGUUUUAUCAUUGGCAAGCUAGAUCAAGACCUGUUUAUCGUGGAUCAGCAUGCUGCAGACGAGAAGUUCAAUUAUGAGCAUAUUGCACAGACAACCAUCUUGAACCAACAGCCUUUGCUUCGGCCACUAAAGUUGGAAUUAUCUCCUGAAGAAGAAAUAGUUGUGUCCAUGCACAUGGAUAUUAUUAGGAAAAAUGGAUUUAGUUUGGAAGAAGAUUUCCAUGCUCCACCUGGGCACCGUUUUAAAUUGAAAGCUGUUCCCUUCAGUAAGAAUAUAACUUUUGGAGUGGCAGAUGUGAAGGAGCUUAUUUCCAUUCUUGCUGAUAGCCAAGGGGAAUGCUCAAUGAUGGGUAGUUACAAAAUGGACACUGUUGACUCAGUUUGCCCACCAAGAGUUCGUGCAAUGCUAGCUUCUCGCGCCUGCAGAUCAUCCGUUAUGAUUGGAGAUCCACUAGGAAGAAAUGAGAUGCAGAAGAUCCUUGAACAUCUGACGAAUCUCAGAUCUCCCUGGAAUUGUCCACACGGCAGACCAACAAUGCGUCACCUGGUCGACUUAACUGACGUGGGUAAAUGGUUAGACGAACAUGACAGUACUCUCUGAUAUUGGACCUUCCUUGCCUGUUGAUUGAUUUACCAACCUAUCCUGUUCCCGUGCCCACCACCAUCUUCAACUUAUUUCUUUAUAAAUUCUGUAAUUUAUUACACAAAUAAAGAAGAUGAAGAGAGUAUGACCUGAUGUAGUCAUUGAUUUUGGAGUGGAAGUAGGAGCUAUCUUCCAUUGUAAUUUUGGAGUGCGAACUACAAUGAAAGCAAAAGCACAUUUAGAUUUAGUUGAUACUUUUUACUUA